GGACUGAAAUUCUUGACUACGGAGUUCGACUGGGCGGAACUCGUUACUCGUCCAGUUGGCAAAGUUGUGUGCGUAGACGUGAAGGCUCAAAACAAAACCACAAUGACUUCGACGAACAUGUUCCAGGGAUUGGACACCGGUUCCAAACCGAGCUCCAGGGUGCUGAGGCCUCCGGGAGGUGGGGCUAGUAACGUCUUCGGUGGCUAUGAAGAUGACUCUGCAUCCCCAAGAAGGUCAAAUAAGAUGGCCUCUAAAGUUUUCGCUCCUCCUGAGGAACCUCAGAACACGCCCCGACGCUCCAAUCCCCCAGGUGGAAAAACCAGCGGAAUAUUUGGGGAACCUGAAAUUCCAGCUCAACCACAAAGACCUGUACCUCCUGGAGGGGCCACCAGCAAUAUAUUUGGGCCUGCAGAAAGUGCUGCUGUCCAAAGCCCAAACCGGAGCCACCCAAAUAAGCCAAAGGAUAAUCUAACAGUCGGAGCUGAACCGGAGUCGCCAGCACCUGUAGUGAAGGUGGUCCAGCCUGUGGUUGAAGCAGAACCAGCGCCUCCGGCCGUGGCUGCAGCGGCUAAAGAGAAGCCCGGCCCAGUUCCACAGCCACAGACCCAGUCUACCUCCUCCUCCUCCUCAUCCUCCUCACCCUCCUCACCCUCACCUCCUGAUGACAAUCUGAAGAAGCACGAGCCUCACCUGGGACCCAAACCUCGCUCCCACAACAGGGUCCUGAACCCCCCCGGAGGAAAAUCCAGUGUUGUGUUCUAUUGAUCAGGCUGAGCGCCCCCUCUCUGUUUGUUUGUGUCACUCUCUUCUCUGCUUGUGCCAUUCCAGCUCCCUCCCUCCCUCCUAUCGUUGAUCGAUGUCUUGCUUUGAUUUUCUUGCACUUUCAUUCCCACCUCUCCGCGUCUCUUCUGUAUGGUAAAAUCUGCAUCUAUGCAAUCGACAUCUCAACAGUCUUGACCAGACAGUAAGUCUGAGGUGAACACAAUCUUACUGUAAGUGAACGUGGCAAGUAUUUUCAAAUGGUUUGCAGCAAUUAUCGCAGUUACCCCUCCUUUUCUUAGGCCUUAUUCCUCUUCUCUCACUGAAAAUAGCCUUACCCACAUCACAAUAUUAAUGGUACAAACUUGGUAAAAGAAGCCAAAAAUUGAAAGCAGUUGUUUAAUAACCAAAUGCCACUGUAAUGUUUUCUAUCUGCUUCAUCCUGCGUUGCCUUCGAAACACACAUUUCUUUCUAUUGUUGCUUGGGAUAGGCUUCUAUGUUUUAAAUUAAAACGGCUAUGGACAAGUGAACUCUGGACCAGCCUGCCUGGGUGCAGGUGGGCUCAUUGAUAAUCACCUUCCCGCUCACUUCCUCACGCACAAUCACGGUGCCCUCCGGCGGCCUGUCCCUGCAAAGAUGCCGUGCCUGGCAGGCAGCGAGCCCUGCAGAAGAAAUCAGUCCUGUGUAUUGCAAUAAAAUCGUCCUCUUUUUUUCA